UGCCACAUCAUGAGUCUUCUGGGGCGGGUAGCUGUGCGUCGAGCCAGGAAAGCCGCCCUGCUCUGUGUAGUCUUCCUGAUGGCGCGGGCAUGGAGCAGCUCCUCGCUGGGCUUAGUGGGGGCGGCGGCGGCCGCGGCGGCCCCCCAGGGCUGCCCACCGCAGUGCUCCUGCAGUAGCCAGCAGGGGAAGGUGGUGUGCACCCGGCGAGGACUGACCCGCGUGCCCCCCGGCAUCCCGGGCAACACGCGCCACCUCAAUCUGAUGGAGAACGCCAUCGAGGCGGUGCAGGCCGACUCCUUCCGUCACCUGCACCACCUUGAGGUGCUCCAGCUGGGGCGCAACGCCAUACGGCAGAUUGAGGUGGGCGCGUUCAACGGACUCACUAGCCUCAACACGCUGGAGCUGUUCGACAACCGCCUGACCGUGGUGCCCAGCGGGGCCUUCGAGUAUCUGUCCAAGCUGCGGGAGCUCUGGCUGAGGAACAACCCCAUAGAGAGCAUCCCCUCCUACGCCUUCAACCGGGUGCCGUCGCUCAUGCGCCUGGACCUGGGGGAGCUGAGGAAGCUGGAGUACAUCUCGGAAGGUGCCUUCGAAGGCCUGCAGAACCUUAAGUACCUCAACCUCGGAAUGUGCAACAUAAGGGGCGACAUGCCCAACUUGAGCCCCCUCAAAGGACUGGAAGAACUGGAGAUCUCAGAGAACCUGUUCCCAGAGAUAAAGCCCGGCUCCUUCAGAGGCCUGCGUUCGCUGAAAAAGCUGUGGGUCAUGAACUCCAAGAUCACCGAUAUCGAGCGCAACGCCUUCGACGACCUGUCCUCCUUAGUGGAACUCAAUCUGGCCCAUAACAAUCUCAGUGCUCUGCCACACGAUCUUUUCUCCCCACUGAGGUAUCUGGUGGAGCUGCAUCUCCACCACAACCCCUGGAACUGUGGCUGUGAGUCGGUGUGGUUGGCCCGCUGGCUGAGGGAAUACAUCCCCACCAACUCCACCUGCUGUGGCCGCUGCCACUCACCUGCUAGCAUGAAGGGGCGGCAGCUGGUGGAGGUCGACAAGGAGGACGCCUCCGGACUCCAGUGUUCGGCGCCCUUCAUCGGGGACGCGCCGAGGGAUCUGAACAUCUCUGCUGAGCGUGUGGCGGAGCUUCGGUGUCGCACGGCGCCGAUGUCCUCGGUGCGCUGGCUCCUGCCCAACGGGACCGUCCUGACGCACGCCACCAGUCACCUGAGGAUAUCGGUCCUCAACGACGGGACCCUUAACUUCUCCAACGUCCUGGCGGCGGACACGGGCACCUACACCUGCAUGGUGUCCAACGCCGCCGGGAACUCCAACGCUUCGGCCUACCUCAACGUGAGCGCGGCCGAGCUCAACACAUCCAACCUGAGUUACUUCACCACGGUGACCGUCGAGGUCAUGGGACCAACCACUGAGAUGCCCAAAACUAAAACCACCACGACAGCCGUUGCUGCAGGUGCCGGUUUUGCCGGCGGAGGAGGAGGCAGCCAAGGGACUACCACCACCACUGCCUCCCCUUCCGUCUUUCGCCCGGUCUUCAUCUCCACGCCAACUGUGCUACUGCAGAGCACCGAAAGCCCGCCGGCUGUCGCCAAGCCGUCGUUGGCGCCCGGACCCAAAGGUGUCACCGGCAAGCCAGGCAAGAGCGCUCCUAGCCUGGACGAAGUGAUGAAGACCACCAAGAUCAUCAUCGGCUGCUUUGUGGCCGUGACGCUGCUGGCUGCCGUCAUGCUCAUCGCCUUCUACAAACUCCGAAAGCGCCACCAGCAGAGAAGCACGGUAGCAGCCGCCCGCACCGUGGAGAUCAUCCAGGUGGAUGACGAGGACCUGCCGCCGCCAGCCUCGGCAGCGCAAGAGGCUGCCCUGUCACUGCCCGAGAUCCGGGACCACAACAGCAUCCACAAACUGAACUUUAUGAGCCACAAGACCGACUACGGCUUCCAUAAACCCAAGGCAGAGUACAAACCCCAACCCGACUUCACUCUGCAUAAGCCCAAGGCCGAGUAUACUACGUAUAAACCCACCAUGGAUUACAGCACUCAGAAAUCGACCCCGGAUUUCAGCCUUCAUCGACAGAAGGCCGACUACGGCCCGUUUAGACCCGAGUACAGCACUCACAAGCCUAAAGUGGAGUACAGCCCGUUUGAUACAGACUUUGGUAAUCAUCCGAAAGCCAAAACAGACUACAGUCCAUUUAAACCCGACUACAGCACGCAUCCAAGACAGAAACCCGACUUUAGUCCUUUCAAAAGAGAUUAUAGCACCCAACCAAAACCAAAACAUGACUACAGUCCAUUGAAAUCCGACUACAAUACACACACAAAACAGAAAGGGGACUACAGUCCAUUCAAGCCAGACUACAGCACUCACCCCAGACCCAAGCCUGAUUACAGUCCUUACAAACCAGACUACAGUACUCAGCCCAAACCCAAAAUGGACUACAAUACCCAGAGAUCCAAGCAGGACGUCAGCAGCUACAAGGACCCCUACGCUCCCCACAGGACGGCGGACUACAGCGGCGUCCAGAGCGACUUCAGCCCACACAAAAUGGAUUACAGUGCUUUCAAGUCCGAUUUCAGCCCCCAUACACAGAGACCCAGAAUGGAUUACAGUCCCCACAAAAUGGACUACAGUCCAAACAAUGGGGAGCAUGGCACCAUGAAGCCAAAAUACAACACCUACAAACCGACGGGCCAUGGGGCGAAAUGGACAGAAAACAAUGUGGGGAACUCUCUCCCUCGAACCUUACCGAGCACCGUCACGGCCAUGGCGGAGCCCUUUGCUGUAAAAACUCACAACAAGGAGAAAGUGCAGGAGACUCAGAUUUAACAAGGCCCCAGACAAACGCCAGUGACAACUACCCCCCUGCCCCCCCCCCUCCCCCCCCCCCACUGUCCACCCUUUUCUCUCCCCAUUAACCCCCAUUCUCUGCCCCCACUUAUCUCAUAGACCCAUGCAAUAGAAUGCACAACAGAAAAAGGACAGGAACUACGUUUUUGUACAGAGUGCAAAAUUAUAAAAAGACUGACGAUUUAUUGUUGUACAUGCUUAUAAAUAAAUUAUAUAUAUAUAUAAAUAUAUAUAUAUAUGUAUAUAUAUGUAUAUGUAUAUAUAAAUAUAUACAUAUAUAUAUAUAUAUGGAAACGUUGAAGCUACCAUGGGCUGGUGAUAGAAAAGCAUAUUAUAUUAAAGAAAUAAAUUGAAACUAUUUUCUAACUUGUAACUUCUAUUUAAAGAGACGAGUUGUUUAAGAUGCUGUCUUGACUUUGACACAAAUGAGGGUAGUCUUGUUUUAAAAAAAAAAAAAGGGGGCAUUCUGUGUGAUUUUUAAACAAUGCUACGGAGAAUGCAGUAAAAAGAAAAAUGGAACAAAAAAAUCAUUUAUACCGAGAUGACUUUCUUUAAGAAAUACAGAAAAAAGGUCAGUGUUGAUCUUUACAGGUUUACCUUGUAAAAGCACCAUGAAUUUGUACUGUGCCAAAAUGUUAUACAUGCAAUAAAAUGGAUUUUUGGAAGAAAAAAAACAAACAAGAGAGGCAUCAGAGAGAGACGUUUUUUCCUCCCCUGGUUCUCCUCCUUCUCCUCCACUGUAGCGAUCAGCCCAGCGCUUUAGACACUGCAGUAAGACGCCGCAGCGACACUUUAACCCUGAGUGUGCCGGGUGACUCAGGCAGAAUGAAUCAUGGUGCAGAAGUGCAUCGCGCUCAUUUAGAAACGCAUAACA